AUGGCGACCAAGUUCACACUCUUCCCACAGCUCAUCACGGAGCUGCGCUUGAUGAUCUUCCAGAUGGCUUUACCCACACCUCUCGGCAGAGCGCUCUACCCAUUCAGGAAGGGGUGCUGGGUCUUGGAAGACCUAGGCUUGCAACUCGACCCAAAUGGAGAAGACUUGGAUCUGCGAUUCGACCCCGGCCUGCUGAAGGAGCUGCACAUAAUGCUACCUCUGUUCCAUGUGAACCGCGAGGCUCGCGACGUUGCAAGCAAGUAUAUUCGGAUGCACAAGCUGGUCACCCGGCAAGGCAGUGCCGGGGCAGGAUAUUUCCGUCGCUUCGAUCCUAAGACCGAUAUCAUGUUUCUGCCGGCAACCCACAUCGACGCCUUCGUCAGUGAACAUCAGACCUUGCUGCAUGAGGAUCCGGAGAUGGAAGGUCGCUACGUGGGCACUUCUUUCCCAAUCCUUAAACGGCUUGCGAUCACCGUAGCCGGCUUUGAGGCGUUCAGAGGGGAUCUGCUAGAAGAGUUUUUCGAAUACGUUGGUCCUGUGAGCACAAUAUGUAUCGUCGAGCUUCCUUCCAACAGCACAUUCACGCUUGAGGAGGUCGAAGAUGGCAGCGCAUUGCAGUCCCUAGAGCUUGCGGAGGCUCCACGUGCUCGAUACUCGUGGAACAGCGGUGAGCGUCGAUGGGAGUACUCGGGCGAUCCUGAGAUGCUCCAACGGAUGAGAGACCUUGUUGAUGGGCUUGAUGCUCCAACGUCUGCCACGAGCGAUUUCAACUUAGAGGUGCAGAUGAUUCAUUUGAUCGAGGCUGGGAAGUCUUGA